AUGUUUUGUAGAGGAACGUAGGCGACACUAUUGCGAUGAAAAUCCCGAUGUUGCGAGAGGAUAUGUAUAUCCCCACAACGAUGAAGAGAGAGAAUCCCCUGGCACUACAAAUUUAAAACGCAAAACAAGUGCUGGUAAGCGGUGGACACCACAGCUGACAGAUAUCAAGUCAAAAAGUAAACAAAACAACUCUUGUGUCUGACCUGGCAAUAUAAUGUUUUUUCUGCCACGGGUUUGGAUACCACAAAUUCGUCACCACCUCCGGUACUACGCCAAGAAGUCCAAGUCACAGAUCAAACCACAAAUGGCCGUCACCGUCCCAAAGCAAGUUGUGCACGAGGAGAUAUUCCGUUAUGUAAACCCGUUUGCCAGGAUUAAUGUGGUAUCCGAUCUGAUAGUGCGAGUUAAGUGUGCCGAUGUACACCAAUACACAAGUGGUAAUGUCUUUAUAGCGCAACUGCACGGCUACAAGCCCAAGAACACAAAAGUUACAUUAGAUGUCAACAUAUCCGACGAUGAAAAAAUCGUUAAUGUUGAGGUAAAGAAGACGGCGGAGAAACCUUCACGAUUUGAGUGCCACCUCCAAAUUCCUGUGCGGUCAGACGUGUUCAUAGUCGGAGGGGCCAAUGUAAGCGUUGAGGGCAUACAGAGCGAGUGUCUUCAGGUCAAGGCGGAAGGUGCAAUUGUUACCAAGAAUGUGCGGGCCACAAACAUUUCUCUAUACAGUGAGAAUGGUAACAUCACCUGCGAGGGUACUUUGCUGGGAAAAUCCACCGAAAUUGAAACGCACAAUGGUAAUAUCGAGUUGGACAAGCUGCAAGGAGACAGCCUAAAGUGCUCUACCAAGGCAGGCAACAUUAUUACAGACUGUUGCUACGUGGAGAAAUCGAAAUUUCAAACCGACACCGGUCGACUGGAACUAAGAAACGUCCACAAGACUAGUGAAGUGCAUGUCCAUCAGUCGGCCGAGCUCAAUAUGACUGGAGUCCACGGCAAUCUUCAGGUGGACACCAAAGGAGGCAACUUAAAUCUGCAGCUUUCCGAGCUGAUAGGACAGUGCAGGAUUCAGGCUGAUAAUUUGGAAAACGAUGCCGUCAUCCACAUAUCAGAAAGCAUUGAAAAGGAGUUGAACAUUGAAGUAACAGCCUCCGAGGUCAGGUUAGACGACGAGCUAGAGCAUGUGGCACAUGCACUGAGCGAAGACAAGAGCACAUUUUCACUCAGCAACGAGAAUCAGCAUCAGCGACUGAUAGUGAAAAGCACUGGGGAAAAAGGCGUUCGUCUAGGCAAGCAAUCCUGGAGUGACAUGAUGCGACAGAAGCUUCAGGAUAUGGCCACUGAAAAUCUAAAUUAAAUAAAGACGCGACUCAUUAAGUUACGAAUAUAUUGUGCUGUAAGCUAAAAUAUCAGUCCUUUCUUUUUGUUUUCCCUAUUAAGAAGGGAUAUCUCUUAGGCUUGGCCCGAUUUCUUAUCUAAAACGUCGCUCAGGCGCUCGUGGGCCUUCGAGAAGAGCACAUCCUGCUCAGCCAUUAGAGCCGAAAUAAAGAGUUUGGUUUUGUUGGCA